AUGUCCGACUCACAGGCCGAUUCCGCCGAGCGCAAGCCCCGUAAGUCUGUCGCAUUCUCCGAGGGCGCCACCAUCGUAGACAGCGAUGGCCAAGUCACCGAGUCCAAGGAAGUGAACGGUGGUAAGUCCAGCGCGGAACGUCACUCUCGUGAUGCUUCUCCGUCUACGGGCGACGCAGACAAGGAGGUUGAGGAAGUCACCGACAUGUUCGCCGACCUCGCGAAGAAGAAGAAGAAGAAGUCCUCCAAGAAGAAGGAGGAGGGUGACGAGGAAGCCGGAGAGGACGACUUCGCCGCGCUCAAGAAAAAGAAGAAGUCCAGCAAGAAGAAGGUCGAGGACGACUUCGAGGCCAAACUUGCUGCUGCCGGUGGCGAGAAGGCUGAGGGUGAAGAGGACGCCGCCCCCGCCGAGCCAGAAGUACAGGAGGGCGACAUGAUCAAGGGCACCGGCAUCUGGCAGCACGACGCCACCACACCCAUCACAUACAACCUGCUGCUGAACCGCUUCUUCACACUCCUCCACUCGACACAUCCCGACCUUGCGAGCACGGGAAUGAAGAGCUACAAAAUCCCACCGCCCCAGUGUCUGCGUGAAGGCAAUAAGAAGACCAUCUUCGCCAACAUUGCCGAGAUCUGCAAGCGAAUGAAGCGUACCGAGGAGCACGUCACACAAUUCUUGUUCGCUGAGUUGGGUACCUCCGGCUCCGUCGCUGGUGACCGUAAGCUCGUCAUUAAGGGUCGUUUCCAGCAGAAGCAGAUCGAGAACGUCCUGCGGCGGUACAUUGUCGAGUACGUCACCUGCAAGACGUGCCGGUCGCCCGACACAGAUCUCUCCAAGGGUGAGAACCGUCUCAACUUCGUCACCUGCAACAGCUGCGGAUCGAGACGUUCGGUCCAGGCCAUCAAGACUGGUUUCUCGGCCCAGAUCGGCAAGCGAAGAAGGCAGGUCGGUUAAGCUGGUCUUCUUACGCGCUCCACGAUAUGUCAUGUCAUGUAUGGGGGCGCUUUUUCUGGGAUGGGGCCUUCGUCGGGCGCUACAAACUUUACUGUAUGUUUGUGUGCGCAUGAACAAGACGGAAAGCCAUGAUCAUGAGCUACAUCACCUGUACGCUAGAAAAGCAUUCGAUGUCUCGAUAGAUACGAAAGUGAUUUAGAAGUUCUAUCAUUCUUCUAACGGAUGAUC